GCUCCUGGAGAGUCACCUCCCCAGGCAGACAGAGGCUCCGUGUCCUCACGGUGGGGCCUCCGGGCUCUGGGCGCCUUCUGGUGGCAGAAGCUCUUGCCUCACCUCCCCAGCCAAGUGCGUAGCCGCACUGGGCCUCUGAGGUCAGUGCCUCUGGGAACACGUGGCCGAGAGGGCCAGGGAGCAGUGCCCUCGGUGGGUCUGCCUGCCAGGCUUCCCACAGAAGGUCCCCAGCCCCUGCAGCCCUGCUCCCUGGGGGGUCGCCGGGCACUGCUGGGGCCUGAGGGGACACUUGCUCCUGUUGCUGAGGUGACCCUGGAUGUGACUUUCUCCAAGCAGCAUCAGGUGCCUGAGCGCAGCAGGAGCGGUGGUGGCCACACGUCCAUGGAUGCACACGUCCUGAGGAGGAAGAUCAGCCGCACGUGCGACGAGGGGGCCCGCGCCCUCCUUGGCAGCCUCCUGAUGUACGUCACAGACCGCGCAGGUGGGCCCCCGGCGGCAGCAGACCCAGGGCACGCGGGGGGCUGCUUGCCUCCGUCUCAGGAGGCCGGCCGGAGGCCCACCCGCUUCCAGCUCCUACAGGCCAAGUUCAUGGGCACGGGCCGGGAGCACCACCUCAAGAGGACCAGGGAGGUGGGCAGGCUCAUCUCCAGGGACAAGCAGGGUCCCAGCAGGAGCCUUGUGAGUGCUACCAUCAACAAACUGCUGGAGAAGACCCAGGCGGGGGCCAGCUGCCCGGGCCAGAGGCGCCUGGCUGGGGAGAAGCCCCGCUGGGGCCCCCCUGGUGGGAAGGGCACCGUGAAGAGCAUCCUGAGGAAGUUCCUGGCUGCGGAGGAGAAGGAGAAGAAGGAGAAGGAGGCAGGAGCGCAGCCCCCUGGCCGGCAGCCUGGGGCCGCCCGGGGCCUCCUGCCAAGGACUGGGGGCAGGAGCACCAUCCUGUACCAGCUGCGAGAGAGGUUUGCGCAGAGCAGCUGCCUCCGCUCAGAGGCCAGCCUGCUGCCCCUCCACAGGGAGGGGCGGAGGAGCCUGCAGAAGAAGACGCACAGGCCGGAGCUGCGGGUGCUCCACACCACCACCAUGGCCAUCAGCUGUACCAGGACACCCCCUGCCCGCUUUCUGGCCUGCACGGCCGAGCCCCUGCCGGCCCUCAGCAUAGCCACGGUGGUCUGCAGCCCCCGGAGCUGGCUGUCUCACUGUGCAAAAGUCAGUCACUUGGAGUCCAGGCGUUGGCCCAGGAGAGACAUCAGCAUGUCCUCGGACCCGGAGGACACAGACCCCAGCAGGGACAAAAUGCCAGGAAUAGGGAUCUUGAGCAAGGAGCCCAGAGGACAACCAAAGCCCUCAAAGUCCUCCAUGACCCAGGUGGCCGCUCCCAGGGACAGCCACCUGGCUCUGAACCCCACCGAGGGCAUCCCCCAGCAGGAUUCUGCCUGGGCCUCCCGGGAAGCCCUGCCUGACCACAUGCCCCUGUCACCCCCAUUCAGACCAGCCAGCCCCAGGGGGGCUGGGCCAGCUGAAGGGGACAAGACAGUGGGGCUGACAGCAGAGGGGCUAGCAGGCCACCCCUGGGGGCUAAAAGAGGAGGGCGCAGGGGAGGUCCCUGAUGUCAUCAUGACCGUGUGCAGUUCUGAGGACGAAGCAGAAAGCUCGCUCCCAGCCUCAGACAGAGAGCCCCUCUUCGCCACCCAGAGGCACCUCCCACAGCAGGGGCCAGCAGCUCAGAUCCCCCCGCUGGCCGCUCCCAGAGUCCAGGCUGCACGGCGAGCACAGCCUGCCCUGGAGUCUCCACCCAUCACCGUGCGGCUUCCAGUUGUCCACGAAAUGCCAGCCCCUCCAGGGCCUCUGCAAAGCACGUGGCCGGGCGGGGACAGGCGGCCCCCGGCUUCAGGAGGGCACAUUGCCGGUGCCAAUGCAGGGGCAGUGCUUCCCCCUGCCACUGAGGACAGGGAGGCUGGCCUGGCCUCAGGGGGGCUGAGCCCCUCCUGCAGGACCUCUAAGCAAGGAUCCCCAGAAUCCCCGAGGGUCACUGCCCCCGUGGGUCCUGGGGACCAACAGCCGCUCCUGACGGUCCUGACGGCCAACUCGCCACAAGGUGCCCCUGCUGGGAAGGGGAGCCCACACAGCCCUGUGAGCGCCAGUGAGGGCAGGAACCCCAGAACUGCUUCAGGACAGGGUGCUCCUGAGCUCAGCUGCCAGCGGCCUUCCCCACCUAACCACCCUGACCACGGCGCCCCACCAGGUUCUUCCACAUGCGCUUGGAAAAGCCCUCCAGGACACAGCACCUGCUCCACCUCUGGCAGCCAGCAGGGACCGGGUUCCAGGGAGGGAGGCGCCGUGGCAGCCCCUGCCCAGGAUUUCAGAGGACCUGAGAGUCCCACCAGGAGUGACAGGAGAGUCCUGUGUGGGCAGGAAGACAGCAAAGGUCCCGAGGCAGAGGCAGCUCCGCCCCCGGGGAUUGCCCAGGAAGAUGCCCACUAUGAUUGGGGCAAGAAGAGCCUGGCCCUGUUAGAUGAGCCACCCAAGCCCGGUGGCAGAGCCUGCAGGGCCACAGCACCUGGAGGGAAGGUCCCAAGUCCUACAGGGGACAGGAGGGCACCACCAGGGGACGCCUGGGUCCCUGAGGAUAGGAGGGCACCUACAGGGAGCUCCAGGGACCCCGAGGACAGGAGGGCACCUACAGGGAGCUCCAGGGACCCCGAGGACAGGAAGACACCUCCAGGGAGCUCCAGGGACCCCGAGGACAGGAAGACACCUCCAGGGAGCUCCAGGGACCCCGAGGACAGGAGGGCACCUCCAGGGAGCUCCAGGGACCCCGAGGACAGGAGGGCACCUCCAGGGAGCUCCAGGGACCCCGAGGACAGGAGGGCACCUCCAGGGAGCUCCAGGGACCCCGAGGACAGGAGGGCACCUCCAGGGAGCUCCAGGGACCCCGAGGACAGGAAGACACCUAUGGAGAGCUCCAGGGACCCCGAGGACAGGAAGACACCUACGGAGAGCUCCAGGGACCCUGAGGACAGGAAGACACCUAAGUGGAGCUCCAGGGACCCCGAGGACAGGAGGGCACCUCCAGGGAGCUCCAGGGACCCCGAGGACAGGAAGACACCUCCAGGGAGCUCCAGGGACCCCGAGGACAGGAAGACACCUGUGGAGAGCUCCAGGGACCCCAAGGACAGGAGGGCACCUACAGGGAGCUCCAGGGACCCCGAGGACAGGAGGGCACCUACGGAGAGCUCCAGGGACCCCGAGGACAGGAGGGCACCUACAGGGAGCUCCAGGGACCCCGAGGACAGGAGGGCACCUACGGAGAGCUCCAGGGACCCCGAGGACAGGAGGGCACCUCCAGGGAGCUCCAGGGACCCCGAGGACAGGAAGACACCUACAGGGAGCUCCAGGGACCCCGAGGACAGGAGGGCACCACCACCACCCGGGAGUGCCCAGGACCCUGAGAAGAGGACAGCACUGCUGGGGGGCGUCGGGGACCCCGAGGACGGUCCUGGGGCAGAGUGGAAGGGUGCAGAGGAACACAGAGUGCAGUCGGCUCACCAUUGUGCUGCCACAGGAAAUGGGCUCCUGGGAGAGACUUGGCCCCCAGAACCUGGCGGGCACCGUUUCUUGACCCCCGGCGAGUCCUCCAAGCACAAGAGCCGAACUGCAGAGGGGGGCGUCUGGGGGGAGAGGGCUGGGCAGCGGCCCCCAACAGGGGUGCCCAUGCCUGCUGGGCCAGAGGAGGCCUUGGGCGCUUGCCCCGCGCCUGCAGAGGCCCUGCUCGGUGCUUCACAGGACAAUGCAGCAGUGGGCACCGGGAGCCGAGCCGGCAGAGCCACGGGAGGGGGUCCCCAGCCCAGGGACGCAGCCUGUCGUCCCACACCAUGCGGGAGCCCAGCAGGGUCCCUGGCCCAGCAGGCCCGGGACGCAGGGGGCCGCCCACCCGCAGCACACACUCUCGCUGGUGUGGCAUCUGCCCCUUCGUGCCUCACCCGGCCAGCUCCAGAGCCGGAAGCCAAGCCUGCCCAUGAGAGAGCCCCUGGCAAGGCAGAGAGCUUGGGGCCCACACAGGGACGUGUGGGGAAGCCAGGGGAGGGUGUCACAGGGCACGAGAGGCCACACCAGACUCAAGAGCCAGAAGGUUCUGGAAACAGAGGGGCAGCACCAGGGGGCGAGAAGGCUGGGCUGCGUGCAGCAGAGCCCCGGGCACAGGCUGCUCAGGACCAGGCAGGAGGACAGAGGGCAGCAGCCAUGGAGAAGCCCUGUCAGCCCAGGGCCAGGGGCCAGGAGCACCCACUGGGCCCCUCAGUGAAGCAGGUGAGGAACCUGGCUCAGGAAGGUGGCCCCAAGGCUGACAGGAGCCCAGCCACUCCCUCAGGGACGCCUGGGGGGUCCUGCAGCCUGACCACACAGGGAAGGGUCAGUGGGAUGGUGUCCCAGGCCUGGGGGCAGCCUGACGGCUCAGCUGACAGAGCACGUGCCGCAGGGGCAUGUGGGGAACCCCAGAGGCCUACGCACAGGGUCAGUGGCCAGGGGAGCCCCAGGGCCCCGCGACCCACCCCAGGAAGCAGGCCCCUUGCAGGGAGGAGUGCUGCGGCCUCUCGCCCAGAGCCCGCAGGCAGCUCUGCCCAGCCCACACCUGAUGCUGGGGGCUGCCCAGCCCCCCAACUCCCAGCCCAGACGGGGCUCCCAAACACACCUGGGGCAGAGAGAGACCUGUCAGAGGGUGAGCCUCACAGGAGGUCAGGGCACUUGGCAAAAUAUAAAGCCCAGAGCUUCAGCAACCAGACAGCCUUCGAUCUGUCCUUCAGGCCCACCUUGCUCAGGGCUAGCGAUACCUUCGAAGCCCCACAGUGAGCCUGGCCAGGAGCCGCCAUGAGCCACCUCGAGCCCCCAGCACGGGGCUGAGGUGUGCUUCCUGCCUGUGGCGUGCUGUGCGCAUCCCCCACAGACUGUCCACCCUGCCCUCUCCUGCCCAGGCCCCUGAUCUUGGGAGAGGAGUGUUCAUGUGGCCUGUCCCUCCCAAGGCCCCAACUGCUUCCCUGGGCUCUGAGGCUCCUUUUCAGAAGAGCAAGGUGCCAGCUGUUGCCCUCACGAGGUCCUUGUGUUUAUGUGCACUGUCACUUGGAAUGUGCCAGCGCUCCCUCCUGACCUGGCGGGCUGCCCUCCCUGCCCUCUCACGGUACUCUGGGCGCCCUCUGCUCCCCUCCCGUGUCUCUAGCAAGCACCCAAAACAGAGCAGGGGCUGGUGACCUGAGCCAGGCGUGUGGGAAGAAAGGCAGCACUUCCCCACUGCUGGGCCCGGGCCCACACCAGCUGGGGGAGGCCAGGAGGCCAGCAGGACGGCAGGACAUUAGGGGUUCUGCUGGAGCCUGCUCCCACGACAGACCCACAGGCCUGGGAAGUGCCUGGGAAGCCAGCCCUGAGGAGCCACCCCAGGCUGUCCCUGGCCUGCUGCCCUGCUGGGCCAGGCCAGUGGCCAUCCACCUCUUCCUUGGCAGAGUGCACUCAGGCCCAGGGCCCUCAGGGUGGAGCAUCUGCUGAUGUGAGGAAGGGUGGGGAGGAAGGAGGCCCCUGCCACAGCCCUGCCUGCGGUCACUGGUGCCCUCUGCAGGUCCUUCUGAGCUGCUCCAUCGGUGUCUCCGAUGGGGCCCAGCACACAGGCCCCAGGCCACCCAGAGGCCGUGUGCUGCCUGGACCUGCUGAGCAUGGGGCUCGCGGAGGUGCUGAGGCGGCAGCAGCUGCCCUGCUGCCCAGGGCUCCGGUUUCUCUGUGGAAAUCAAUUUCUGCUUUUUGAAGGCUUCUUGGUGCUCAGUUCCUUUGCAACUGAGCAAUGUCCUAAAGCACACUCUGGCCCUGGAGAGGGCUCUGGACGCUCACGGUGAUCUCUCUUAUUUUCUGAUCUGAACAUCCGUUCAGUGAGAGGCAGGUGCCACUUGAAGCUGGCAGGACCUCCUCGAGACUCCCCGGGGCCUUGCGGUUCUCUCACCCAUGGAGGCUGCGUGUGGGGCCGUGGAAGCAGGAGUGCAGGGUGCUCCCCGUGGAGGCCACAGCCAGCCUUUGGGAGCUGUUGGUGUGGAGCUGAGAGCCACCUGGAGUCAGGAGGUCACUCCGCCCCAAGGCACCCGUGCAGGGCCACUCCCAUCAUACUUGAGCAAACAUUUCAUCUAUCUUAUUUCUUUAUUUAUCCUUUGUUCAGAAAGGUUAAGGGGAACCUUUGCCAAAGAAUGUGAGGACAGAAGUGAGAUAAAAAUACUACAUUCACCAGUGUUCCCUCUAAAAAUAAGCAGCAGCCACACCUCCCUAUUUUUAAACAGACCAGAAAGUCCUGCGGAAUGCAGGGCUGGGCUGCCGCCCAGCCAGCAGGUGGUCACUGGCCCUGACACAGGCUGCCGGAGGCCAGCCGCACCCCUUAGCCUGUCCCAAGGAGGCCAGUGGGAGAGCCCAACAUCAGGGCACUGCUGGCUGCAGCACUGAAUGGGGAAGGGACUCCUCCCUGGAGAGAGGCUGAGACCACUGGUGUGGAAGGGUGGGGUGCAAACCAUCCUUAGCACAGGGGGGAAGAGGGCAGGGCUCCGGGGAACCCACCUAACCCCUGAGCAGCUCUUCACGUCUGCCCCAGGUGUUGAAAGACCCAUGUGUCAGCACCUGCCCUUCUGCAAGCACCCUGUGAGGUUAGGCAUGGUUAGAGUUUCACAUGUUUCUUUGCCAUUUAAGCUACGAUCUUUUAAUGAUGUGUCCAUCCACAGUGUUUAUUAUUUCCUUCUUUGUAUAUAAACAAUUCUAAAAUGGGUGAGUCAGAAAAAAUAACUAAAUGUGUUUUAUUUUAUUAUAUCCUUUAAGUUUUUACUAACUUCAUUCAGCUAGAAAUAAUUUCUAAGAAAGAAAAUAGCUGGAUUGGGGAUGUGCUCAAUGGCAGAGGACUCUUGCAGCAUGCAGGCUCUGUGUUCAAUUCCCAGGCUGAAAAAAUAAAGUGUGUUACAAAUCUC